AUGGCAGCCCCACGUGACCACGCGCUGGGCAACAAACAGUCGAACCACCUCACGCAACCCAACCGCGUCCGUUUCGACAGCUCUCCUCCGCUCCGCCAGAAGGGCUCGACAGCGCAGUGUACGGGCCAGAAUGCUGCAGCGACCGUAAUCACAAUGGCCUCGACAGUCCCCCUCAAUGUGGGACGCCGGCGCGUCUUCCACUCCGUCUUCUCCCCCGCGUCUAUCGAAGCGCGGCCGCCGUUCGCCGACCCAACGUCGCAGGCCUCGUUUCAAUCGGCCGCAUCAUCCUCGACCGUGCGAACAGACCCGCAAUCGCAAUCCUUUACCUCCCUACACGAACAAGCCCCCUCCGACCCAGAAACAUGGAACCGAGCGUGGGCUGCGGCAACCGCCUACCUCUCCAUUCCCGACCGCGGCUUCGAGGAUUCUGAGAUCGUGAAGCGCAGGGAGAGAGAAAACACGAUUCCUCCCCCGUCGAGAGACACAGUCGAGGCAUUCUCCUACCUGCUGGCCGCGGCCAAGCACACAAAUGCCGCACAAGGUGGAACUGCCUCGAGGGAUCUGUGUGAUUGGUAUAGCGAGGAAAUGAGAAGACAUUUCUUGACGAACCUGCAAAGAAGACUCCGUGAGAUUCUCGAGGCGAUCGACAAGAGGAAUGCGCUCAAAGCGGUCGUCUGCUACCUAGAGUGUACACAUCGAAGCUACAUGGGCCCGAUUCGUCGCUAUAUUAUACCACUAGUUCCCACUCAAGGGCACCGGAUCAUCAGCCGGCUUGACCGAGGCUUCCAUACCGUUGUCGCAUAUUCCCUUCAGUGGCGGACGAUCUCACCCCUGCUCGCCAAUUAUUUCGCAGAGCAUGCAGUUGUGAUUUUGGGUAUCAACACAUUGAUUGAGAACUCCCGACCCCAAGAAAGCAACGACGACAAGAUGGAGGUGGAUAAAGUGUACUCCGUAUCCUAUAAGGACUGGAAGGCAACCCCGCGCGAUGAUCGUGUGCGUUUGAUGACCGAGGGUGAAGAUAUUAAGGUGACGAAGGCCCGAGAGCGUCUUCUGAAAUUGCUGGGAAUGUCUCAGCUCGUUGGGCUUGGUGGAGAUAAGGCUCAGAAGGUGUUUGCCGGUGUCAUGAAUGUCAUGAUGACUGAGUUUAUCCGCGCCGCGUAUACUUCUCAAUGGGAGGCGCCAUCGUGGACAGCAUCACAUCUGCGGUGCUGGGUUGAGAACGUCUUUGGUCGACUUGUCGUUCAGGUUCUUGACAUCAUUCACAAGCCGGCCGAGGAAGUGCCUGGCAAUCUGGACGUGAGCUUUGGGAAUUUGGAGAAAUGGCAGGCAAUCGCCAUCUCGCGCCUCGGAGCCCUUCGUACUAGCGAACUCUUUGAGGUCAUUGCGCAAUGGCCGCAAAGUAAGGGAGCGAUGCAAGAUCUGAAGCACUUCAUAGUGCAUGCCCCAGCUCGACAAUACCUCAGCAAUUCAUUCAUCACGACGCUCUACCAUAAGCUAUUGCAUCCUGGUGCCUCCACUGUUCAAAUUCUGCAGCUCUACAUCUCCAUCAUCCGCGCUUUCCACAUGCUGGACCCCAAGGGUGUUCUGCUGCAAUGGAUUGCUCGACCAAUCCGUCAAUACCUUAGAUACCGCGACGAUACUGUCGAGGUGAUUGUCCGCGGCCUCCUCGCUAAACCUGGUGGUACACAUGAUCCCAAAGGCCUGCCUUCCGGUGACGACACUCUGCAUGAGCUCUCAACCGAAUUAUCCAACGCACACAAACUUUCUCAACAAAACAACACGCAUGACCUGGACUGGAACGACAUGAACUGGACGCCGGAUCCUAUGGACGCGUCUGCCGAUUACCAGAAGCCCAAGGGAGCCGAUGUCAUCGACAGUCUGAUCAGCCUAUUCGACUCUAAGGAGACCUUCGUAAAGGAACUCCAAACCCACCUCGCCGACCGUCUCCUCCAAGACGUUGACACGUUCAACCAAGAAAAAACCGUCCUCGAUCUUCUCAAAAUCCGCUUCGGCGAUUCCUCCCUCCAAGCCUGCGAAGUCAUGCUUCGGGAUAUCAGCGCCUCCCGCACAGCCAACGACACCAUCCGCGGUAGGCAACUUCACGAAGGACCCGCCUCCCCGGACUCGGACAACCCCAGCGGACAAGAUGUCGAACUAAACGUCAAGAUCCUCUCGCGCUUCUUCUGGCCCGAAUUCAAAGACAACGUGAAUUUCACGGGCUUGCCCCAGGUAACCCAGGCCUGCCAAAAACGAUUCUCGCAAGGCUUCGAAGACCUCAAAUCCUCUCGCAAACUCACCUGGCUUACGGGUCUGGGUCAAGUAACCGUCGAACUGGAACUCGGCGACCGUACCGUUGAGUUCAAGUGCACAACCUGGCAAGCAACCGUGAUCUCCCAGUGGGACUACGACCCAGAAACGAGCCCCGCGCUCACCCUUGACGUCAAGUCUCUUGCCGAAUCACUCGGUAUGCCCGAGAAUCUCGUCCGCAGCGCCUGUCUCUUCUGGACAAGCCAUGGCGUUCUCGUCGAGAGGCACAAAGACCACUACCAGGCAGUCGAGUAUCUCAGUUCAGAAGAUGCUUUCCCCGAAGACGUCUCCGGAGAUAGAGGCACGGUCGAGGCCAUUGACACAGUCGACGCCGCAGCCGCCGCCGAAGCCGCCGAAGCAGCUGCCGCGGCAGCAGCUAAGGAAACGGCAGAGGCUGCGGCGAUGGAAAAGAUGAAUCUUUACUGGCAGUUCAUUGUGGGUAUGUUGACGAACCAGGGCGCAAUGAACCUUCAGAAAAUCGUCAUGAUGUUGAAGAUUGUUGUUCCCGGUGGAUUCCCGUUCAAUAACGAGGAGCUCCGAGAGUUCCUCGCUGGGAUGGUGUCGAAGGGCAAGUUGGAAAUUGUCAGUGGGGGAAAUUACAAGCUCGUUCAGUAG